AAAGUCCAACAUAACCUCUUAAAAAGCUUUCUAGAGCCACCAUUUUUGACCAAUUCCUAAAUUGCAGGAGACUUAAAUACGGACUAACCAGAAAAUAAUCCUCAAAAUCAACCCAACCAUGCUAGCCAUCCAAAUAAUCUCAAAAGAAUCCAUCAAACCCUCUCUCCCAACUCCUCACACCUCCAUCAAACUCUCCUUACUUGACCAAAUCGCUCCAGAAAUCUACACUCACUUACUCCUCUUCUACUCCAUCAGUUCCACCACAGCCCUGCAGGAACUUCCAAGGAAGCUCAAGACAUCUCUGUCAAAAGUUCUGAAUCAAUUCUACCCAUUAGCAGGAAGGGUUGAGAUAGCAGCCGAUGGCAUUCUACAAGUUAACUGUAACAAUGAAGGCACAGUGUUCAUAGAAGCAUGUUCUGAAACUGAUCUCACCGUCUUCCUUCUCUCCCCUCCCAUCAACCAGUUCAAAGAACUCCUUCCGGUUAAAACCAGUAUGUUCAGACACGGUGAACCUAUUCUCUCGCUGCAGUUCACUAAGUUCUUAAGCGGUUAUGUGCUUGGAGUUUCCAUUUCGCAUGUGAUUGCUGAUGGCGCUUCCAUGGCCUUAUUCCUAAACCGCUGGGCGGAGACAGCACUUGAGAUUAAGGAAGACAGAUUUGCCAUGCCAUGCUUUACCUCAGCUUCAACUCUCUUCCCACCCAAGUCUCUAAAGGUCAACUACCAGGAACCGAAGGAGCCAUUGGAGAACUCAGAAGUAGUCAUAAAAAGGUUUUUUUUAUCUUCUUCUUCCAUAAAGAGGCUGAGAGAGAAUGCUUAUAAACGCAGCAAUCAGAGGCGAUCAACUAGAGUUGAGGCUGUCUCAGCUCUCGUGUUAAGGUCUGUAAUGCGCGCAGCUGAAAGAGAAGAAGUGGGAAAAGUGUCGAUCUCACAAGUUGUGAACUUGCGCAAAAGAUUUGCAGGUUUAUCAGAUCUCUCCAUUGGAAAUCUAUGGAGUGGUUCAGUAAGCUACAUUGAGGGAGAAAAAGAACAGGAGGAGGUGGAGAAGGUGCUGAGGGAAAUUGUGAGGGGAGUGAAGGAGGAAAGAGUAAGGAACGAGGCUGAAAGAAGGUUUGCAGGUAAGAUUGAAGGUAAGGGAUCAAAGGAGGAUGAGAAGGGAAGAAGGAAGGAGAGGUUUUGGAUAUUUAGUAGUUGGUGUAGGUUGGGUUUUUAUAAGACUGAUUUUGGGUGGGGAGAACCAGAGUGGAUUGGGUGUGGGAUUUGGGACAUGAAAGAUGUGUGUAUAUUGAUUGAUGGGAAGGAUGGGGAAGGGAUGGAGGUGUGGUUGUGGAUGGAGAGAGAGGAGAUGGAGAGAUUGGAGAAUGAUGAGGAGUUCCUUUCCUUUGUUUAUGUUUAGAUUAGAAGAGAAGAUUCAUGCAAAUGAAAUUUUAUAAUUAUAAAGAUGUGUGUUAUAAUGAGAUACUCAACUCC